CUCUCAUAUAUUGUUCUUAGUUAUUUUUAACGACUGUAAUCUUGAAAAUAUUUCAAUAAUUGGGAGGAGCUGUCACGCCCUUACCCCGAUGCUUAUGAUCCAGCUGGUUAGUAAGUAUUGUACAGUUUGAGUGAUCGUUGGAUGAACGAAAAAAUGAGUGAGAGCUGUAUGCAGUGUUGCUGCAUCUUGGGAUUUCUCCUAUGAUCUUAGAAUUUUCAUCUCAAUCUUUGAGUUGUCAAUUUAAAUUUACAUGAAUUUUGGGAUAUUUUGUUGAAAAAUUUUGCUGGUUUUAUGUCUCAAUUGUAAAAAUUUUCAACUAAGUUAUCGGUCUUUAAUAGCGUGAUAGAAUACACUCGCAAACCAAAUCUGACACCGAAAUUGUACUGGCAUUUGUUGAGUACUUGAGCAACAUUAAUAAUUACAAAUUGUUUGUCAAAGAUGCAGGCUAUAUAUAUCUGCCUUGAUGAAGAAUGGAACUACAAAAAAAAAACGUGCUGCUGUAUGCAUCGAGAGUGAUGCCAUACAUUUUCCAAGUAUAUAUUUUAAAAGCAAAAAGCAACAUAUUGACCAAAUGGCAGCGAAAGUUGAAGUUCUGAUGAAAUAACAUUAAAAACGAGCGCCAUUUCCUCGUAGGCGAGAGUGCAGAACAAAGCUUUUGGCGUAUCUGUUUUUUACUAUGUUUGGACUUUUGACCUGCUCCCUCCCCCCUCUUCUAUUUUACUUCUCACCCCUUCUUCCGUUGAUGGUGUAAAUUUAUUCGAGUAAAAACUUCGCGGGAAUUUCAGAGCAAACAUGGCGCCAACCAAAGAAGAUUCCCACAAUGACAGUUCCCUCGAAGUUGACCCUGUUGCUAUUCGCCGUGGCAGACGAUUGAAAAAAGAAACUGGAGCCAGCGCUGCGUUGAAGAAAAUCAAACAAUCAAGACAAACAGGAGAAAAAGUAAAAUAUGAGAUUGACGAAAUUGAAAAUGUUUAUGAUGAAGUGGAUGAAGCAGAAUAUUCCAAGGUUGUUAGGAAGCGUCAACUUCAGGAUGACUGGAUAGUAGAUGUUGAUGGUAAUGCAGAUGGAUAUGUUGAUGAUGGUCGUGAAAUAUUUGAUGAAGACCUGGAUGAAAAACCAACUAAUGCAGCUCAAAAGAAAGGGCAGAAAAAAAAGAUUAAUGUGAAAAAACCUUCAGCUCAGCCAAAGACGAUCACAAGUAUGUUUCUGAUGGGCUCAAAAUCAAAUAAACUCCAUCAGAAUAAAAGUGUUAAAAUUGAGGAUGAUGAACUGCUCAAUGGUAUACUUGAAGACAUGAGUGUGCCGAGACCUGUUAUAACUACCAAUCCUGCAAGAACUCCCAUCAGGCAUGAUGCAAGGACACCAAAGAGCACUGGUCGAAGGAGGGCGGUGCCUCGUCGAUUGCAGCCACCCACUUCAGCAUCGUAUUACAACCAAGCCUAUCACGAACCUGUCAUGCGCGCUUCACAAAUUUCGGCUUCUUUACCCCCAUUGGUUUCUCGAGCCGCUAGAGAAUGCAGAAAGAAUGGACGUCAAUCGUUGAAUGUUUUCAAACAAGAUAUGGAAGUACCUGACGAUGUGAACGAACCUAUGGAUACUGGAGUUUUUAACGGCGACGAUAAUGUUGAGGAAAAUGGAGUUACAGAUGCUGAAGAUAUUGAUGAAAGUGUAAAAGACGAGAUAAAGGCGUUUGAUGAUGUUGAUAUGCAACAGUAUAUCAUGGAUGAAUUUGGAACUGAAGAUAUGGAGGCUAUUGAUGCUGUCGAAGAAAGUGCUCUGAAAGUCGAAGUAAAGAAUGAAGAAAGCACUCAGAGAAAAAACAGAGGAGCAGCAGACCUAAACAAGACAAAAAUUCAUUUGAACGAUAUUCAACCCGGCGAAAUGUUUGAAACAAUCAAGGGACAAAUUAGUUCAAGUGCAGAAGAGAAAUUGAAAGAUAUCAACGUGGACUCCUCAUCUUUAAAUCUUUCGAAAAAUGAGAAAGGUGAACUGUUCUUUAAGUUUUAUUGGAUUGACGCCUACGAGGAUCAAUACGCACAACCCGGGACUGUCUUCCUGUUUGGAAAAGUGUGGGUGGAUACGGCAAAAUCUUAUGUCAGUUGUUGUGUCGUCGUCAAGAAUAUAGACAGGACUCUUUUCUUUCUUCCUCGUGAUACGAAAGUUGCUGCUGAUGGGUCAGAAACCGACGAGGCUGUUGAAUUUACUGAUGUAUACGAGGAAUUUAACGAAAUAGCUGACAAGUUGAAAAUCAUGAAAUUCUCUGCACGGCGUUCGACAAAAUUAUACGCGUUUGAAGUGGAAGGAGUUCCUUUUUCUUCGGAGUAUUUGGAAGUUAAAUAUUCGGCAACUGAUUCAACGUUUCCUACGGACAUUACGGGAAAAACGUUCAGUCAUGUUUUUGGCAUUAAUACGUCAAGUCUCGAGCUGUUGCUACUGCAGAGAAAAUUGAAAGGUCCUGGUUGGCUCGAGAUCAAAAUGCCCCAAAUUCCCAAUCAGCUUACAAGUUGGUGCAAAUUGGAGGCAAUUGUUAGUAAACCGGAACAUAUCAAUGUACUGACAUCCGAAAAACUAGAUCCACCUCCUCUGGUCGUGUUAAGUUUAUCAAUCAAAACAACGCUGAAUCCCAAAACACAUUUGCAAGAGAUAUUAGCUGUUUGUGGCCUGGUCCAUCAGGAUUUCCAUGUCGACAAACCAGCUCCAAAAGACCGAUAUUUUCAAGGAUAUUUUUGUGGCGUGACAAAGCCAUCCGAUUAUACGUUUCCAUAUGAUUUGAAGAAUGUUCUGAAGCAACAGGAAUUACACGUCGAAUCUUGUGCCAAUGAAAGGUCUCUUCUUGGAUUCGUCAUGGCAAAAUUGCAGAAAUAUGACGCGGAUGUAUAUGUGGGUCAUGAUAUCAGUACGUUUGAUCUAGAUGUAUUGUUGCAUAGAAUCAAUGCUUGCAAGAUCCCUAGUUGGUCACGUGUAAGUCGACUGCGAAGAAAAAUAAUGCCAAAACUGUCGUUUGGUUCCAAAAGUGGGUUUGCCGAGCGAACUGCUACGUGCGGACGUCUUGUUUGCGAUGUAAAAGUUUCAUCGCAAGAACUGAUUCGUUGUAAAAGUUACGAUCUGUCAGAAUUAACCAAAAUUGUUUUGAAGAGCAAUCGGCAAGAGAUAUCGGAAGAAGAUACCCUUGAAAUGUACAGCUCGUCAAAUGAACUCUUAUCAAUGCUGAAGUUAAUGCUGACUGACAGUCUUUACGUCUUAAGAAUAAUGUACGAAUUGAAUGUUAUGCCAUUGGCAUUGCAAAUUACGAAUAUUGCUGGAAACCUGAUGUCUAGAACACUUCUCGGUGGUCGCUCAGAAAGAAACGAAUUUCUCUUACUUCAUGCUUUUAACGAGAAGAAUUUCAUAUGUCCUGAUAAGUCGUUUGAAAAGAAACAGAAGGCAGCUCAAUCACCAACAACAAACGAUGGAAACGCCAUUUCGUCGACCAGCACAGCGAAAAAAAGUAGAAAGAAACCUGCGUAUUCAGGUGGUCUUGUUUUGGAACCAAAGCGAGGUUUUUACGAUAAGUUCGUGCUUUUGCUCGACUUCAAUAGCUUGUAUCCAUCCAUUAUUCAAGAGUAUAACAUUUGUUACACCACUGUUAAUCGAACUCCUCCCGAUGGCAUGGAAAAAGAUGACGUUGAAUCAUGGGUGGAUCUGCCUGAUUCGGAUUUAGAUCCAGGUGUUUUACCCGUGCAGAUUCGUAAACUUGUGGAGCGACGAAGAGAGGUGAAGAAAUUGAUGAAAGAAGUUAAUAUAGACUGUGAUCAAUACAUGCAAUAUGAUAUUAGACAAAAAGCAUUGAAGCUUACUGCGAACAGUAUGUAUGGAUGUCUUGGAUUUUCAAACUCGCGUUUUUAUGCAAAGCCUCUCGCAGCCCUGGUCACUAGUAAAGGAAGAGAGAUUCUGUUAAAAACCAAAGAUCUCGUUCAAGGAAUGAAUUUGGAUGUUAUAUACGGUGAUACGGACUCCAUUAUGAUCAACACAAAUACGACGGAUUUUAAGGAAGUCCUGAAACUUGGAAACAAGGUGAAGAGUGAAGUGAAUAAAUUGUAUAAACUUCUGGAAAUUGACAUCGAUGGUGUUUUCAAGUCAAUGUUACUGCUAAAGAAAAAGAAGUAUGCCGCUAUAACUGUUCAAAUGCUUGAUGAUGGAACAUUACACGAGUCCAGAGAAAUAAAAGGUCUGGAUAUUGUACGAAGAGAUUGGUGUGAACUUGCAAAGGAUGCUGGGAACUACGUUUUAGAUCAGAUUCUAUCGACUGAUGCAAGAGACACAAUCGUCGAAAACAUUGCAGAAUAUUUGAGCAAAGUUGGUGAAGACGUUCAAGGUGGACACUUGGCAUUAGAAAAGUUCGUGAUCAAUAAGCAACUAACAAAAGAUCCGAAUGACUAUCCAGACAAGAAAUCUUUACCACAUGUUCACGUCGUUUGGUGGAUGAAAAGUAAAACCAAAAAGGUCAACGUGGGGGAUACGAUUCCUUACGUCAUUUGUGAUGAUGGAUCAACAUUACCAAUGGCCCAACGUGCAUACCAUCCAGAGGAAUUCUUACGCUCUGAAACACUUAAACUGGAUAGUAAAUAUUACUUGGCCAAUCAGGUUCAUCCUGUUGUCUCUCGAUUAUGUGAUUGUAUCGAUGGAAUAGACUCAGCUCACAUUGCUAACUGCCUUGGUUUGGAUCCCUCUGGUUAUCGUACGUCUGCCUCGCACAGAGAUGAAAAUGAUGCCAUGCUUGGUGGUGAGUCUCAAAUGAGCGACGAAGAACGAUUUAAGGAUUGUGAUCCAUUUUCAAUAUCUUGUGGAAAUGAAGAAUGCAAUGAGAAGUAUGUUUAUGACUUAGCGUCUAAGGACAAAGUACGCGAUUAUUUGAGAUGCCUGAAGUGUGAGAGCGGAUUUAGAAUGAAUGCUGUUAAAAAUAGACUUACACUCUUCAUAAGAAAGAAAGUGAAGAAUUAUUAUGCGGGCUGGAUGCUGUGCGAUGAUCCAUCUUGUGGCUUGCGAACCAGAGAUGUUCUAUCGCUUCCACAACGUGGACCGCCUCCGUGCAUUUGUGAUCGUGGUCAUUUGUAUCUUGAGUACAAUGAAACAAUGCUGUACAAUCAAUUGUUGUAUUACCAGAGGCUAUUUAAAGUCGACGACAAAGUUUUCGACUUAAGGAAUGGUUCUCAGAGCUUAAAAGAGCUUAAGGAAUGGUUCUCAGGAGUUCAUGAUCACAUUGCUCACAUUAUUGAAAACAAUUCCUAUUUCGAAGUUGAUCUCUCAAAGCUGUUUAACCUCCCUGUCUUGACCCUGCUCGAGUAGUUGUUUCAAGCCUACUAUGCAGUUAUAUUUCUUUUGUUGGAUUAUCAUUUAGCUCAGAUUUUUCUCUUUUUCUGGCAUUUUUAUUAUGUUCAUAUUUGACAAUUUCGUAAUAAUUAACAUUUUAAAUAACGUUACAUUAAGAUCAGCUUUUAGUUGUACAUCUUUUGUUGGUAGAUAGUUUUGUUACGACUAUUUUUAAUAAAACAGAAAACCAUGUAAAUAGCUAGGAUGUUGUCUAAGAAUCUCGAUAACAUAGGAACUUGAAAAUGAUAUUAAAGAGAAAAUAAGUUUUGUUGAA